AUGUACUCGAGCUUCGGCGGAGGGUUCGACCCAUCGGACCCUAACCAGCUGUUCAACAUGGCCCGCCAUGGCCGACGACCGAUCAUCCAGCGCUUCGACGAAUACUACCGAUGCUACCCGGUCAUUAUGGCCCCCGGGAACGAGCGGCCAGAACUCAACUACGGGUCUAAGAUCAUCCUACCGCCAUCAGCCCUGGACAAGGUGUCCAAGCUACAUGUCCAGUGGCCAUUGCUGAUGGAGUUGAUCAACGGCGAGAAGGGUCGGCACUCGCACGCCGGUGUCCUCGAGUUCAUUGCAGAAGAAGGACGAGCAUACAUUCCUCAGUGGAUGAUGGAGACGCUGGGCAUGGACGUCGGCGACAUGAUACAGAUCAGGACCACAUCUCUCGAACUAGCCAAACUUGUCAAGCUGCAGCCCCAGUCGACCAACUUCCUCGACAUCAGCGAUCCCAAGGCCGUCUUGGAACGGGCAUUCCGGAACUUUGCCACCCUGACAAAGGGCGACGUCUUCAACUUCGAGUACAAUGACACGGUCUAUGACGUGGCAGUGCUCGACGUCAAGCCCGAGACAGAGAAGAUGGGUGUUAGCAUGAUCGAGACAGACGUUUCGGUUGACUUUGCCCCGCCAGUCGGCUACGUCGAGCCCGAGAAGAAGAGUGGCACCAGCACACCCCGUAGCGGACCCGGCGGCGGUCUGCCAGCCGGAGGCGUAGUCCACCACCAGGGCACCAUGGCCCAGGCCAUCAACUACAACGCCCUUGCGCCCUCGGCAAACAGCGUGCCCACAAACUUCUCCGGGGAGGGUCAGCGUUUGGUCAAGAAGGGGGGCAAGAAUGUGGCCGCCGCGUCCAAGAAACCCGAGGCCGCCGCCGCCGCUGGCCCCACUACCGACGCCGCCAGUCUGCCUGUGAGGCGUGCGGGCGGUGGUCAUGUAGCGCUGAGACUAGCGCCCAACAAGCUCUUUUUCGGGUAUGAGUACAAGCCUCUCAAGACAAAAGAGGAGAAGGAUGAAGAGACCAAGAGUGCGUCCAAGCCUCACUUUGCGGGGGCGGGACAGUCCCUCCGCGGCGCUGUCAAGAGAAAGGGCGAGGGCGAUGAUAAGGGUAAGGCACCGGGAAAGAAAGGUACUGGUGAAGGGAAUAGACUGGACGGUCGGAGCCCCAGGUAG